UGGCGGGCGGGAUCCCUCCGCUCUAGGGAGAGCUGCGCUGGACGGUUGAGUUGGGGUGACUGAGGAAUCCAUCCGCGUCGCCGCCGCCGCCGCCGCUGCCGCCUCCGCCGCGGAGGAAGACAGAACCUCCCGCGCUCUCCUAGCGACCCUUCGCAGAGUCCCACCGCCACAGGCCUCGGGCCAGCGGCGAGGAGCUGCCUCCCCCAGCCCCCGUCCCGCGGCCCCCAGCCGCCCCCAACCCCGCCCCACGGGCCCGGCGCCAUGAGUGAGCUGGAGCAACUGAGACAGGAGGCAGAGCAGCUCCGGAACCAGAUCCGGGAUGCCCGAAAAGCAUGUGGGGAUUCUACACUGACCCAGAUCACAGCUGGGCUGGACCCAGUUGGGAGAAUCCAGAUGAGGACACGGCGGACCCUCCGUGGGCACCUGGCAAAAAUCUAUGCCAUGCACUGGGGGACAGACUCAAGGCUGCUGGUCAGCGCCUCCCAGGAUGGGAAGCUCAUCAUCUGGGACAGCUAUACCACCAACAAGGUCCAUGCUAUCCCGUUGCGCUCCUCCUGGGUCAUGACCUGUGCCUACGCACCCUCAGGGAACUUUGUGGCCUGUGGGGGGUUGGACAACAUCUGCUCCAUCUACAGCCUCAAGACCCGUGAGGGCAAUGUCAGGGUCAGCCGGGAGCUGCCUGGCCACACUGGGUAUCUGUCGUGCUGCCGCUUCCUGGAUGACAACCAAAUCAUCACCAGCUCUGGCGAUACCACCUGUGCUCUGUGGGACAUUGAGACAGGUCAGCAGACGGUGGGUUUUGCUGGACACAGCGGGGACGUGAUGUCCCUGUCACUGGCCCCCGAUGGCCGCACCUUUGUGUCAGGUGCCUGCGAUGCCUCUAUCAAGCUGUGGGACGUACGGGAUUCCAUGUGCCGACAGACCUUCAUCGGCCAUGAAUCUGACAUCAACGCCGUGGCCUUCUUCCCUAAUGGCUACGCCUUCACCACGGGCUCUGAUGAUGCCACGUGCCGCCUCUUCGACCUGAGGGCAGACCAGGAGCUCCUCAUGUAUUCCCACGACAACAUCAUCUGUGGCAUCACCUCUGUUGCCUUCUCGCGCAGUGGCCGGCUGCUGCUCGCUGGUUAUGACGACUUCAACUGCAACAUCUGGGAUGCCAUGAAGGGUGAUCGUGCAGGUGUCCUCGCUGGCCAUGACAACCGUGUGAGCUGCCUCGGGGUCACUGACGAUGGCAUGGCUGUGGCCACAGGCUCCUGGGACUCCUUCCUCAAGAUCUGGAACUAAUAACAGCCCCAACCCCAACUGGGCCCAGGCCAGGAGGGGUCCUACCCAUGCCCACACUACAGGCCGGGAGCUUUGGAGUUGGGUAUAAUACCAAGCCUCCCUCCCCAGGCCACGGGGCCUUGGGUCCCUGCUCCCCUACCCAGGUUUGGUUCCUCCCGGGGCCCCCACUGUGGAGAUAAAGAUGGGGAUAGAAUGGGGAAAAGGAAGGGCAGAAGCCCUCAUCCUUUCACUGCCCUGGGGUCAGGGCCUCAUCCCUCUGGAGGGCCAGAAGCAGGAGGUAGAAACUCCAGAGGCUGGCUUUUUUAAAAACUGGUUUUAUUUUAAUUUUUAUUAUAUUUUCAGUUUUUCCAUAAAGGAACCAAUUCCAACUCUGUACCUGG